AAGCCCUCGACACUGGGCAGGCUCGAAGCCGCCACGUUCGAGAAGAAGCGAGCCUCCCGCAAGCUCUGCCAGCACAAGCCUGCCCUCGGGCCUGGGCCAGCCAACAACGUUGUUACAACGUUGGAUUUCCUCGCAAGCAUCCGACUGCAUGAGGACGUGCACCGCAUUGGAAUUAGGAAAAGGGCGGACUCAGCGUGCACGUGCUGUUACCUAGGAUUGGGCGCAAUCUAGGACGUUCAGGCGUUGAAGAGGGACGACAAUCGAGAGUUCUCUGCUGAAGCAAGGCCCAAUGGAGGAUCUGGUGACUGGACAUCGUGCAGCUCAGGCAGAUGGGUAUCCAAGGACGUUUUUGGCCGUAUCGAACGCACCGCACGAAGAUGGUUCGAGUGGGUGAUUUGGUGGUUACUUUCUGGAGCAUCACUUAGGAGCUUGUAGACAAAGUCAUAGUCAUUCCGAGUCAGUUCAAGCAGGAUGCACCGGCGUCACCAAUAUAAGAGAACCAUUGCUCUGCAUUUUCUGCGGUAGGGACUUGAGGAUUUGCAGGGGCCCCUGUUUUGGUUUGGAAGAUGCCCCCUUCCGAUGCCACCCUUGGGCGGGCAGGCAGCAUGAGCAACGCCAGCGGUCGCAGUGUGAGCCCUGCAACAAACAGGCGCUGCGUUUGCGGGUACUGUGCGCCCAGCAGUUUCUGCACCUGCGCCUCCAGCCCAGCUCCCAGCACGGGCGAGUCCUUGGGGGGCUUGCAGCGCAGCUCCAGCCAGAUGUCGCUCACGUCUGCCUUCUCUUCCAAGCAGCUGCGCAAGCAGGCGUCGUCCACUAGGUUAGAUCAGGGGGCGUUCUUCUAUUUCCGGCAAAGGCUGGCCUUCAGUUGUACGGGGCUCAUGCUGGUAAUGCUCUGUGUUGCACUGGCGUCAAGGCACUUGCAGCAUGCUUCCGUGGACGGCCUGGAGAGGGUGCCCCCGUUCCGAGACUCCCGGCGGAUGAUGAUGUCGGCGGACGAUGGCAUCAGCGUCAGCACUGGAACGACCGCUGUCAUACAGAAUGGCCUGGAGUCAACGGGGCUGGCUCUUCCCAAAGAGGUCAUCCCGAACUCUCCCCUCGGGGGUCCGCUGCUCGAGGCGCCGGCGCGAAAGUACAACGCGAUCGCAUCGCAGAUGAAGAUCUACAUCUACGACCUGCCGAGCUACUUCAACGCGGACCUCGUGACGCGCGACCCGCGCAUCCUGACGCACAUGUUUGCGGCCGAGGUGCUGAUCCACUACAGCCUCAUGAACUCCAGCGUGCGCACCAUGAACCCGGAUGAGGCCGACCUGUUCUUCAUCCCCGUGUAUUCAACGGGGGACCUGAAUGAUCAGGGCCGUGCGUUGCCCCAGAUGGCGGGCAUGAUGAUCAAGCAGGUGAUGCACCAUGUGGUGCACACGUGGCCCUUCUUCAACCGCACCCACGGCUCCGAUCACGUCGUUGUGGUGCCGCACGACUUUGGGGCCUGCUUCACGUUCAGGGAGGAGGAGGCGGUGACGCGCAAGGUCCCAGCAGUGCUGCGCAAGCUGCUCAUGCUGCAAACGUUUGGACAGGAGAACCACACGUGCAGUCGCAGUGGCCGAAGCAUCAUCAUUCCGCCCUACGUCAACGUCAACUGGGUCAAGUCGGUCCCGGGCCUCCCAGAGGGUCCGGGGCAGCCCCCUCGCGACAAGUUCGCCUACUUCCGGGGGCUGGUGCAUGACUUCGGGAAUGACCCCUGGGGCAACAAGUAUUCCAAGGGGGUCCGGUACCAGAUUUGGAAGCACCACAAGGACAACCCCCUGUUUGACGUGGCCGAGAUGGUUCCGUUUGCAUACUACGAGGACAUGCGGCGCUCCGUGUUUUGCUUGUGCCCGCUGGGGUGGGCGCCCUGGAGCCCGCGCAUCGUGGAGAGCCUGCAGCAGGGGUGCAUCCCGGUCAUCAUCAGCGACAACAUCAUUUUGCCCUUCCGCGAGUUUGUGGACUGGCCCGCCAUCACUGUGCACGUCCCCGAGAAGGACGUGCCGCGCCUGGACGAGAUCCUGUCCGCCAUCCCCGUCGAAGAGGUUGCUGCGAUGCAGAAGCGCAUCUGGAGCCCUGCCGUGCGGCGAGCGGUGUUGUUUCCACAGCCGGCCGAGGAGGGUGACGCGUUCCACUACGUGCUGCGGGAGCUGGCGAGGAAGCUGGAGCAGCGACGGGAGGCGCAGCGGGAAAAGGACCGGAAGAGUAAGUCCAAGAAGAAGAGCCCAACCAACGCGCUUCGGGGGGAGUCCCAAACCGCGGCGCUCCAUGCGCUCCGGUAACAGUGCCAGGGGCCGGAAAAGCGAAGUGUACAGAGAACAGGGGAGUUUGUGGGGAGGGGCUGAAGUUGUUUACAGUGAUGGGGACGGGAAUCAAAGUCGGUAGAAAGAGGGGAAGAGCGAUUGGAAGGGGCAGCGGGCGGAUCACACGGGGAAGGCGUUGCUCAUGUGCAGCCAAGGGCCGGCGUCCCUUUACAUAAGAGUGCCGCAUUAGGCGGCCAGCAAGGGUCCAGUACAGAAAGCAGGGGACAGGCCGACGUGAUAAGUUAUAGCACAGCAUUCUUUCGUAGCUAGCAUGAAUUGGUAGAUAAGGUCUGGGUCGUCAAAUAAACUUAGCGCGCGCUUUUGUUUUUGGUCGUCAUAUAAGAGAUGCGCUCCCAGCUUGGUUCGGGGCCAUCCAAGCGCUCCGCCGUGUUAGCCGGGGGUACAAGGUAAUCCAAAGUGCAGAGGAGUUUUGUGCCCUGGAGAGGAGCAACUAUUGAUCAUGGUAGCACAUGUAAGUACUCUAUAAAUUGCAAACAUCUAUAAACGCUGUGCAUGUGCUAACAAGAGGCUGUUGAUUACUGCAAUCUGAAUACGAGUUGCAAAACUUAGAGUUGCUCCUCAGCUUUUUCAGCUGGAUUUGGACGCACUAUGUUCUCUAGACCAAGUCGCC